CUCCUCUAUGUAGUUGGUAGUUUGGGUGGUGAAGAGAUGGCUGACAGUGUCAAAACCUUUCUCUGGGACCUUGGCAGGGGAAUCAAAGACUCCAUCUGGGGCAUUUGUACCAUCUCAAAGCUAGAUGCUCAAAUCCAGCAAAAAAGAGAGGAGCAGUGGCGGAGAAGAGCAAGUAGUGUCUUGGCCCAGCGGAGAGCCCAGAGCAUAGAGCGGAAGCAAGAAAGUGAACCACGUAUUGUUAGUAGAAUUUUCCAGUGCUGUGCUUGGAAUGGCGGAGUAUUCUGGUUCAGUCUCCUCUUGUUUUAUCGAGUGUUUAUUCCUGUGCUUCAGUCAGUAACAGCACAAAUUAUGGAUAUAGCUGAUCUGGCAUUUGAGGUAUCAGGGAGGAAGCCUCAUCCAUUCCCUAGUGUCAGCAAAAUAAUUGCUGACAUGCUCUUCAACCUUUUGCUGCAGGCUCUUUUCCUCAUCCAGGGGAUGUUUGUGAGUCUCUUUCCCAUCCAUUUCGUUGGUCAGCUGGUUAGCCUCUUGCAUAUGUCCCUUCUCUACUCUCUUUAUUGCUUCGAAUAUCGCUGGUUCGAUAAAGGAAUUGAAAUGCACCAGCGGUUGUCAAAUAUAGAAAGGAACUGGCCUUACUACUUUGGAUUUGGUUUGCCCCUGGCUUUUCUCACAGCAAUGCAGUCCUCAUAUAUUAUCAGUGGCUGCGUCUUCUCUAUCUUCUUUCCUUUGUUCAUUAUCAGCGCCAAUGAAGCAAAGACCUCUGGCAAAGCAUACCUUUUCCAGUUGCGCCUCUUCUCCUUGGUGGUCUCCUUAAGCAACAGACUCUUCCACAAGACAGUCUAUCUGCAGUCUGCUCUGAGUAGCUCAACCUCUGCAGAGAAGUUCUCGUCUCCACAUACAUCACCUGCCAAACUGAAGGCUGCUGCAGGCCACUAA